AUGGUCCUUCAGAUCGCGCAGAGACGUAUCGGCGUCCCGCGCUUGCCCACCCACAGUUUGACUCGGGCAGUUACCAGCCGACUUGCCCCCCGACGCACCCUGAUUCCCGCCCCAGCUGCCAAUUCCGGCCCUAUAACAGAACGUCGCGCAGACCGCGAGCUCCCAUCAAUCCAAACCGAAAGUCGCCGAUGGAUUCGCACAUUGCCCAUCUUUGCCGUCGUCGUGGGCGCCGCGAUGCUCGGUAUCUUCAACUACCAGAAGUCCUCGUCCAGCGUCGUGAGCAGCACAUUAUACGCUCUGCGGACGUCUCCGCGUGCGCGUGAGAUCCUCGGCGACGAAAUUUACUUUGCGCAGCAAAUUCCGUGGAUUAGUGGUGAAAUGAAUCAGUUGCAUGGUCGGAUUGAUAUCUCAUUUUGGGUGAAGGGGACCAAGGCGCAGGGCAAAAUGAGGUUCCGGAGUAUUAGGCCGGAUCGAAUGAGCUUUUUCCGCACCGAGGAGUGGAGUUUGACAACUGAGGACGGGACUGUUGUCCAGCUUCUUGAGGACAACCAUGAUCCGUUCAGUCAGCAGUGA